CCGUUUCGCACCUCCUCAACGAAAUCCUCAAUAUCGUUUGAUUGUGGAGAAUUUGUCAUCAAGUUGUAGCUGGCAGGUACGCACUUUUGUUCCAAAAAUCCAUAUAUUUGCCGCCUGCAGCUUUAGCUACUUGGCUGGCCUAUUGGUACCACUCUUUAUUGCCCCGGUUUUCUACAAGAUUGAUAUUGUAUUGGCUUUGGUUGUAGCUCUCCUUUUCCUAUGGUUGCUUGAUGUGGCCUUUGGAUUCUGUCUACCAUUUCGUUUAAUGGCUACUCUUUUGAAAAUCUGUUUGGAUUAUAUAUUUCUAUACAUUCCUCAAAAGUCUCAAAUGGUACCAAAGCUUUUCGAAAAAACUACAUGGGAAAAAAGGACAGAAAACAAAGGGAGUAAAUCUGGAAACCUACCACCAUUGACUUCCAUGAUUUGCUAUACCCAUCGAACUCAUCUUUCGGCUUUUAGAAAUGAGCUAGACUAG